AUUUGGGUCUAAUCUCAUGAUUUUGAGCCACUUAUGAAGCAAAAAAAACACUGAAAUUGGAGAAACCAUGUAUUAUACAAAUCAGGGGGUACAAUACAUGCCCACCAAACGACCCCUUAAGCAAAACCGGUACCGGCAUUAUUAUUUUUUUAUUUUAUAUAUUCCAAGACCAAUUUCUUUUUGCCUUUCUCCUCCACGACGUCUCGUUCCCGUCCAAAUUCCCAGACCUCAAGCCUCACGCAUCAAUCAUCGGAUGUUGAUGGGGCCCACCGUGACGCAAAAAAGAAAGAAGAAGAAAAAUGAAAGAAUAUUUCGUCAUUCCCUGCCUAUAUAAAUAAUGAGGCCACGUAGAGACGCAGGCAAAUGCAAAUCCCCUCCUUCCCAAAACCACCACCACCGCGGCCGCAGCAGCAGCAGCAGCAGCACGCAACGACUUCGACCAACACCGUCGCUCUACCCCGAGGCCACCGGCGGGACGCCACGAGACCACCACCACCAACCUCUCGCCGCCGGUAGGUCCCUAUCAGCACCUGACGCUACUCGCGGAGCUGUUCAUGGCCGGGCAAUCGAGGAAGUGGAUGAUACUGGUGGCCACGAUAUGGAUUCAGGCAUUCACGGGAACGAAUUUCGAUUUCUCGGCCUACUCGUCGCAAUUGAAAUCGGUGCUGGGGAUAUCUCAAGUCCAAUUGAAUUACCUCGCCGUGGCGUCCGAUUUGGGGAAGGUUUUCGGCUGGUCGUCCGGGCUGGCACUGAUGUACUUCCCGCUGUGGACGGUCCUGUUCUCGGCGGCGUUCAUGGGGCUUUUCGGCUACGGGAUGCAGUGGCUUGUGAUUCGGAAUGUCAUCUCUCUGCCUUACAUUCUGGUAUUCAUUCUCUGCCUGCUGGCAGGAUGCAGCAUAUGUUGGUUCAACACGGUAUGCUUCGUUCUCUGCAUCCAAAACUUCCCAUCUAACCGAGCCUUGGCUCUAUCCCUCACAGUAAGCUUCAACGGGGUAAGUGCAGCCCUCUACACACUUGCUGCCAAUUCCAUAUAUUCAUCAUCAAACGAGGUCUAUCUUCUCUUAAACGCCCUCUUCCCCCUCAUCACCUCCAUCGUAGCAUUAGUCCCCAUCCUCCGCCAGCCAACUCUAGAUCCCCUGCCUCCUGACGGUGUCCGCCGUGACUCGGUCGUAUUCCUCAUCCUCUACUCUUUAGCCAUCCUCAACGGCAUUUACCUUCUCCUCUUCGGUUCAAACACAAAUGACACAACAGUAGCUCACCUACGCUUCGCCGGAGCCAUAUUCCUCCUCGUCCUUCCACUCUGCAUCCCUGGAAUCGUCUUCGCCAGGCAGUGGUUUCACCAUGCAAUCAAUUCCAGCUUCCAGAUCCCUGAAGGUUCCGCCUUCAUGCUUGUCGAAGUCGAUGACCUUGAGCUUCACAAGGAGCUUCUCUCCCGGGACACCAGUAACAAUAAUGGAGAUGGGGAUUUCACCUGGAACGAUUCGACCCUCGUCCUGAAAAGCAUCGAUGAUGAUGAUGAGAUCGAUAUUGAUCGAAAGGGAAAAUUCUGUGAAGGUGUGGUAAUUGGGAGAGAUAAGUUGGAUAUGCUGGGGGAAGAGCACACGGCUUGGCUGCUCGUGAGAAGGUUGGAUUUCUGGCUCUACUUUCUUGCCUAUUUCUGUGGAGGAACGAUUGGACUUGUGUACAGCAACAAUCUUGGCCAAAUUGCGCAGUCCCUUGGGCAGGGCUCUUCGACUACAUCUCUUGUCACGGUGUACUCGUCCUUCUCGUUCUUCGGCCGCCUGCUUUCUGCUGCACCAGACUUCAUACGCACGAAGGUCUACUUUGCGAGGACAGCGUGGCUGACAAUCGCCCUUCUGCCCACGCCACUUGCUUUCUUCCUGCUGGCUGCAUCAGGUGACAAGAUGGGGUUGUACAUGGCCACUGGGCUUCUGGGAUUGAGCUCUGGUUUCAUAUUCGCCGCGGCUGUCUCCAUAACUUCGGAGCUCUUCGGUCCCAACAGUGUGAGCGUGAAUCACAACAUUCUUAUAACAAACAUCCCCAUUGGCUCGCUCAUCUACGGCUUCCUCGCCGCCGUUGUCUACGACGCCAAUGCAAGGUCUGGGAACAUGGUAAGCUCGGACUCCGUUGUGUGCAUGGGGCAGGACUGUUAUUUCCUGACAUUCGUGUGGUGGGGAUGCCUGGCGAUUAUUGGGUUGGGUUCUAGUAUGCUGCUCUUCUUGAGGACUAAGCACGCGUACGACCAAUUUGAGAAGAAGCGUGCUUCGGCGCAGGUUGAUUAGAGAAGAAGAUUUUUAACUUCGAGGGGGGAGGGGGAGAACUUUUUUUUUUUUGUGUUUGUUAGACGACAAAGAUUUAGCAGUGUGCCAAAAAUGUGCAUAUGUGUAUAUAGCUGUUUCUGUUCCUGUAGGAAUUGAAAAUGGGGCAUAUGUGAAUUUGAUUAACAGACUGGUAUUCAAUUCCUACUCUUGAUCGAAUAGUGAUAACUCAAAUGAC